GAGCGCGUGUGUACCGACAGAGGUUUAGGCAGCUGUCGGCGGAUUGAACCGCCCAUCUACGAGAGUCGCAUCGAACUUCAGGGCAGCUGAUCGGCCGAAACUGCACGAUGGCGAGUCUCGGAAGAAACAUCAUCAGGAGUAAGCAUUUUGCAAGAUCGCAUGUGAAAUAUGGUAGUUGUGCAGCAUAUAGUACAGCACCUCUCCCAGACUUCCCAGCUCACAGCUUCAAGCCUCCCACGUACCAGGGGAUCAGUGUGGAGAAGACGAAGGAUGUCCGGAAGAAGAACCUGAACCCGGGGCUGGUGACGUACUACAGGAAGCCAGUGAUGGUCCACCAGGGUCACAUGCAGUACCUGUACGACACAGACGGCAGACCCUUCCUCGACCUGUUUGCCGGCAUCGUCACUGUCAGUGUUGGACAUUGCCAUCCGCGGACGGUGAAGGCAGCUACUGACCAGCUGGGCAAGCUGUGGCACACCACCAACAUCUACCUCCACCCCAAGAUACACGAGUACGCAGAGAAGCUCGCAUCCAAGAUGCCAGGCAACUUGAAGGUUGUUUGUUUUACCAACAGCGGAUCCGAGGCGAAUGACCUUGCCCUUCAUAUGGCUCGGUUGUACACUGGUGUGUACGAUACUAUAUCUCUAAGGAACGCCUACCAUGGAAUGAGUCCCUACCUGAUGGGUCUGACAGCUAUCUCCACCUGGCGUUACAACACACCCACAGGAUUCGGGAUCCAUCAGGCGAUGAACCCAGAUCCAUUCCGUGGCCCCUGGGGCGGAGCCAGGUGCCGAGACUCUCCAUCUCAGACAAUCCGGUCAUGUAACUGCGCAGAGGGUGAGUGUGAGGCCUCUGACCUGUACGUGGAACAGCUGGAAGAUACCAUCCGAUUCUCCAUGCCCAAGGACAAAGUGGGGGCCUUCUUUGCCGAGUCUGUGCAGGGAGUUGGUGGUGCUGUACAGUUUCCCAAGAACUACCUAAAACGAGCGUUUGAGCUGGUUCGCUCUAAAGGGGGACUGUGUGUAUCUGAUGAGGUGCAGACAGGAUUUGGUCGAAUGGGCAGCCAUUACUGGGGCUUUGAGACGCAUGAUGUCAUCCCAGACAUCGUUACCAUAGCUAAAGGGAUGGGGAACGGUUUCCCCAUGGCGGCUGUCAUCACGACUCCCGAGGUCGCUGACGUGUUGGGGAAGGCGCUUCACUUCAACACAUUCGGCGGCAACCCAGUAGCAUGUGCAGUCGGGUCAGAAGUUCUGGAUGUGAUAGAUGACGAGAAGAGACAGGAGCACUGCGCCGUGGUGGGGACUCGACUCAUACACAAGCUGCGGGUUCUACAGGAUGAGUUUGACUUUGUUGGUGAUGUGCGAGGCAAAGGACUGAUGGUUGGUGUGGAGAUGGUCACUGACAAGAAAUCGAGGAAGCCGAUGUCGGGAGAUGAUGUAGGAGACAUCUGGGAGGACACCAAGGACAUGGGCAUCCUGUUGGGCAGGGGAGGACUGUACGGGAAUAGCUUCCGGAUCAAACCACCAAUGUGCAUCACGGACGAAGAUAUUGAUUAUGCUGUUGCCAUCAUGAGAAGAGCUUUCGAGAAUUAUGCUGUCCGCAGAAAGUAGUCGUCAAAUUUGAGAGAAUAAUCCAGUAUUUGACCCUAGUCUCCAUUAAAAUGGUCUUUAUGCAUUUAGAAAGCAUGGCUUUGUCUAUAUACUCUGUGGAUCUCUAUAUUGUAGGAACAGUCCCCGUGAAAACUGAAGAAUCUUAAUAGUGCAUUUUCAAUAAAUUGAGAUCACUACCUCAAGUCUUUAUGCUAUGUUCAUGGUCAACAAUGAAAGUUAAUCCCAGAUAUAACAAGUGUUACAGGAAUUAUGAACUUUUUUAUUCACUUCCGCAAGUAUACUAAGUACUAUAGCGUUACUCUUUUCCUAUUUUAAUGUCUGAGGGACAGUAAAUAUGUACUUAGAAUCUCCUCAGGUAUGGAUUGUGUUCACCAUGUUUAAUGUCCAACACAAACUGUUCACGUGUCAGGAGUCAUAUUGUCAGUCUAAUCACCGGCUGAAAUUCACUGACCAAUAACCAGACUGUCAAACCUGUGGAAUCUAUUUAACCAGGUUGCAGCAAUGAAUGUAAGUGAAGCAUAUGUUCUUUUGACUAUGAUGUCAAUGCAUUGUUACCUAGAUUUUAAUACAUACCAUUAAUGAUAUGGUUAUGUGAAUUAAAGUUAGUGCACCUUGCUCAACAGAAUACACAGUGACCACAUUUUCAUUUGUAUAGUGAGAUUUAGUCAAUUAGAAUUUUGAAAUACCUGUGAAAAUUGUUCAAGCCAGAUCACAGAUGCCAGUGAGUCAGUAGUUGGUGUGCGCAGUAUGUAAACACUUUUGAUAGAUUACUCAGGAACUGCACUUGGUAUCAUGGUAUUUGUAAUCUGUCAACUAGCCCAGAGCUGUUCUGCUUUCCGAAUAAUGAAUUAAUGAAUAUGUAAGUCUGCGUUUUUUGCUUUUUGGAUUUAAGUAUUCAAGCAACUGAAACUAGAUUACACAUGAUGAAAUAACUUGUGAUAUUUUGAUUCAGGAUUACCAGAACCAUUUUCUAAUUAGAAAAUUUGUGGAAUUUUCAUUCAAACAAUUCAAAAUAUGAUUACACUUCCUUUUCCUAUUUAUAAGAAUAAUUCUUUAGUCAUACUAAUUCUACAAAGACUUUCUCAUUUUUUAUACAUUCUAAUGGGCUUUAGAAUUUUGUUGAUAAUUUAAUGUCAUGUUUAUUUCCUAAUGUCUCACUGCCUAACGCCGUCCAUAUGCAUUUCUCAGCUAGUAGAUUUAGGUGUGUAAUCUCGAUCUGAUAUCCUCAAUGUGUUCACUUUGAGAUAAGGUGAUUAUGUUGUUAUGUUUAUGUGAUGUUUCAAUAAUGAAUUUUACCGGUAAUCAUUUUCCUUUGUUUAAUAUAACAGUAUAUACAGGCACUGUUGAAUGUUGUGAUGCUUUGUAAACAUCUCAUUAUUCCAUGCUGACAUCCACGCAGUAUAUAUUGUUAUCAAUUUCAUGUGUUCAAGGUUUAAUACGAUAGUAUGGAAUAACGAACUUGCUUGUUUCCCGGUGUACUUUAAUGUUUCCCUUGUGUCUGCAUGGAUGUGAGGUCCAUUAUGGGUUAGAUGUAUGGAUGAAUCACAUACUGUAAGAAAUACACACUUUAGGUGUAUGGAUGAAUCAAGUGUUAUAUGAAUUAGAGAGGUACAGAUGUAUGGAUGAUUCACUUACUGUAAGGAAUAGACAGGUAAAGGUGUACAGAUGAAUCACUUACUGUAAGGAAUAGACAGGUAAAGGUGUACAGAUGAAUCACUUACCGUAAGGAAUAGACAGGUAAAGGUGUA